CUCCGGCGGGCGCUGCGGCGGCCUCCCGAGUGUGGCGCGGGACUGCCGGGCGGGCGUGGAGCUGUCUGCACGGACUAAGAUUCCAGAUGGCAAAUUCUAUGAAUGGCAGAAAUCCUGGUGGUCGAGGAGGAAACCCCCGCAAAGGUCGAAUUUUGGGGAUUAUUGAUGCUAUUCAGGAUGCAGUUGGCCCCCCAAAGCAAGCUGCGGCUGACCGCAGGACUGUGGAGAAGACUUGGAAACUCAUGGACAAAGUGGUAAGACUGUGCCAAAAUCCCAAACUUCAGUUGAAAAACAGCCCACCAUAUAUACUUGAUAUUUUACCUGAUACAUAUCAGCACUUGCGACUUAUAUUGAGUAAAUAUGACGACAACCAGAAGUUGGCUCAACUCAGCGAGAAUGAGUACUUUAAAAUCUACAUCGAUAGUCUCAUGAAGAAGUCAAAGCGAGCGAUCCGGCUCUUUAAAGAAGGCAAGGAGAGGAUGUACGAAGAGCAGUCGCAGGACAGACGGAAUCUCACAAAACUGUCCCUUAUCUUCAGUCACAUGCUGGCAGAAAUCAAGGCAAUCUUUCCCAAUGGCCAAUUCCAGGGAGAUAACUUCCGGAUCACCAAAGCAGAUGCUGCUGAGUUCUGGAGGAAGUUUUUUGGAGACAAAACUAUUGUACCGUGGAAAGUCUUCAGACAGUGCCUGCAUGAGGUCCAUCAGAUCAGCUCUGGCCUGGAAGCAAUGGCUCUGAAGUCAACCAUUGAUUUAACUUGUAAUGAUUACAUCUCAGUGUUUGAAUUUGAUAUUUUUACCAGGCUAUUUCAGCCCUGGGGCUCUAUUCUACGGAAUUGGAACUUCUUAGCUGUGACACACCCGGGGUACAUGGCAUUUCUCACAUAUGAUGAAGUUAAAGCUCGGCUACAGAAAUACAGCACCAAACCUGGAAGCUACAUUUUUCGGUUAAGCUGCACUCGGCUGGGACAAUGGGCCAUUGGCUAUGUGACUGGGGACGGCAAUAUCCUACAGACCAUACCUCACAACAAGCCCCUGUUCCAAGCCCUGAUUGAUGGUAGCAGGGAAGGCUUUUAUCUUUAUCCUGAUGGGCGAAGCUAUAACCCUGAUUUAACCGGAUUAUGUGAACCUACACCUCAUGAUCAUAUAAAAGUUACACAGGAACAAUACGAACUGUAUUGUGAAAUGGGCUCCACUUUUCAGCUUUGCAAGAUCUGUGCAGAGAAUGACAAAGACGUCAAGAUUGAGCCUUGCGGGCAUCUGAUGUGCACUUCAUGCCUUACUGCGUGGCAGGAGUCUGAUGGCCAAGGCUGCCCCUUCUGUCGCUGUGAGAUAAAAGGAACUGAGCCUAUCAUUGUGGACCCCUUCGACCCCAGAGACGAAGGCUCCAGGUGCUGCAGCAUCAUCGACCCUUUCAGCAUCCCCAUGCUUGACUUGGAUGAUGACGAUGAUCGAGAGGAAUCUUUGAUGAUGAACAGGCUGGCGAGUGUUCGAAAGUGCACAGACAGGCAGAACUCACCAGUCACGUCGCCAGGAUCCUCACCCCUUGCCCAGAGAAGAAAGCCUCAGCCAGACCCUCUCCAGAUCCCUCACCUCAGCCUGCCACCAGUGCCUCCCCGCCUAGAUCUCAUCCAGAAAGGCAUUGUACGCUCUCCCUGUGGCAGCCCCACAGGCUCCCCAAAGUCUUCUCCAUGCAUGGUUAGGAAACAAGACAAACCACUCCCAGCACCCCCUCCUCCCUUGAGAGAUCCUCCCCCUCCUCCAGAGAGGCCUCCCCCAAUCCCACCUGACAAUAGACUGAGCAGACACUUCCACCAUGGAGAGAGUGUGCCUUCCAGGGACCAGCCAAUGCCUCUUGAAGCCUGGUGCCCUCGGGAUUCCUUCGGGACUAAUCAGGUGAUGGGAUGUCGCAUCCUAGGGGAUGGCUCUCCAAAGCCUGGCGUCACCGCAAACUCCAACUUAAAUGGAAGGCACAGCAGAAUGGGAUCUGACCAGGUUCUUAUGAGGAAACACAGACGCCAUGAUUUGCCUUCAGAAGGAGCCAAGGUCUUUUCCAAUGGACACCUUGCCACUGAAGAAUACGACGUUCCUCCUCGGCUUUCCCCUCCUCCUCCAGUCACUACCCUUCUUCCUAGCAUAAAGUGUACUGGUCCAUUAGCAAAUUGCCUCUCAGAGAAAACAAGAGACACAGUAGAAGAAGAUGACGAUGAAUACAAGAUUCCUUCAUCCCAUCCUGUUUCCCUGAAUUCACAACCAUCUCAUUGUCAUAAUGUCAAACCUCCUGUUCGGUCUUGUGAUAAUGGUCACUGUAUAUUGAAUGGAACCCAUGGUACGCCUUCAGAGAUGAAGAAAUCAAACAUCCCAGAUUUAGGCAUCUAUUUGAAGGGAGAUGUUUCUGAUUCAGCCUCUGAUCCAGGACCAUUACCACCUGCCAGGCCUCCACCCCGGGACAACCCAAAGCAUGGUUCUUCAGUCAACAGGACGCCCUCUGAUUAUGAUCUUCUCAUCCCUCCAUUAGGUGAAGAUGCUUUUGAUGCCCUUCCUCCAUCCCUCCCUCCUCCCCCACCUCCUGCAAGACAUAGUCUCAUCGAACAUUCGAAACCUCCAGGCUCCAGUAGCCGGCCUUCUUCAGGACAGGACCUUUUCCUUCUUCCUUCAGAUCCCUUUUUUGACCCAGCAAGUGGGCAAGUUCCAUUGCCACCUGCCAGGAGAGCACCAGGAGACAGCGUCAAAGCCAACAGAGCCUCCCAGGACUAUGACCAGCUCCCUUCAUCUUCCGAUAGUUCUCAAGCACCAGCUAGACCCCCUAAACCACGACCCCGAAGGACUGCACCAGAAAUUCAUCACAGAAAGCCCCAUGGGCCCGAGGCGGCGUUGGAAAAUGUCGAUGCAAAAAUUGCAAAACUCAUGGGAGAGGGGUAUGCCUUCGAAGAGGUGAAGAGAGCCUUAGAGAUUGCCCAGAAUAAUGUGGAAGUGGCCAGGAGCAUACUUCGAGAAUUUGCCUUCCCUCCUCCCGUCUCCCCACGUCUGAAUCUAUAGCAGCCAGAACUGGAAGCACCAAAGGGUAAAACAGUUAACAAAUAUUCCAGGAGUAUGGAACAAAAGGACUGAGAGAGGAAUGCAGGAGCCACAGUGUCUUUCCAUGUGACAUCUCCAGAAGGCAGCCUGGAGUCCAGCCUCUCUGGUACCAUAGCCCUCUGAGGAUGCCCACGCUACAGCUUCUGUGUUUGUGCUAGCCAUACUUUGAAAUCAGGGUUGAACUGUUAAAAUAAUUUAAAGACGUUUACUCCCCCUUGAACUUUGAAUCUGUGAAAUGCUUUUCCUUGUUUACAUGUUGACAGAAUUGCAGUUUGUCUCAGUUUUUGAUUCCUGUACUGUGUUCCUGACAGGCCCUUUUCAGAGUCAGUCAGGUCUGCUGUAAGUUUUUCCAUGCCCGCUCUGCUGCCCACAUCGGCGGCUAAACCGUCUCUUUUGUUGCUAUCUAUCCGGGCCCCACCUCAUGUCCCGAGGUCCAGUUCCAUUUCUCCCGUUCACACAGCACCCUAGCCUGAAGGUCCUGACUUUUCAGUGUUUCAAACUCAUGCAGACAGAAAAUGAAAAAUGUGUAUGGUCUUGUCUUCACUACUGAGUCUUUUCUUUGUGAACCAUCACUGUUGAGAGGUGGGGGAAAACCUGAAUGUAAAAAGCAUUUAUUUGUCAAUAAACUGCCUUUUGUAAGGGGUUUUUAUAUACUAUAAAAGAGCUUCUCUUGCUAGUUUAAGUUCUGUGACCUUUAGGUUUCCGAACUCCCCCUCUCGUCCACCCAGGAGUGUCAUGACGCUGUAAAGGUGGCUGCUGCAGAUGCAGGAGAAGCAGGCUUGCUGAGACAGGGCUUGUACUACAGUGCCAUAAUGAGAUCUCCUAAUAUUUUUGCCUGCAUCACUUUCAGGAGAGAUGGAAAAGGGGACCACGGCCUCAAAAUAUGUUAGUAUGCCUUUAGAUAAGGUCAUGGACAUACAUGCCUUUCCCAAGUGGAAUAGAGCCCAUUUUCUAUUUUAUGAUGUCACCCUGGCUCCUCACAGUGCGGGAGCCCCCUAAGGCACUGAUGACUGUUAUGUAUCACUGCUACUGCGGGCCUUAUUACUUGCAAAACUCUUAGUACCCUUUCUCCAGUAACGUAGGAUCCCUGUUUACUCUGUGGGUUUUGUCACUGACUGCCCUGUGUUGCCCCAUCCAGUCAGAUGAACCACUGGUACUAAAGAUACCUAUUGAUCGUCUGUAAUGUGCUUUGCACUCUUCUUGGCUUUGAAAGCACAAACUCUCACACAUGGACUCCACCGUAUUUCUUGUGUAGAUGUGUCUGGUGGUAAAUGUCUCCAGUCUGAUGGAUGAUGAAGCUUCAAUGAUUGAUUCGAGGACUUUAGACCUCUGUGGCAAUUUCAGGCUUUUUGAUUUGUUUGUUUGUUUGUUUGUUUGUUUGGGUUUUUUGCAUCCAUAAUAGUGGGGGAGAAAAGAAUAAAAGCUAUCUCCGUGCAAAAAUGCUUGAACCACAUUUUGAUAGUUUCUAAAGAUGGAUUUAGUUGUAGGUUUCUAUGGAUGUUUCUUACCACUCCUUACUCCACACUCAGUUUCACAUACAGAGAUGCCUCAGAUAAUCACUCAUCCUGACAAAGGACAACAAGAUAGUACGUCAGACAGAUCCGAUGGAGCUGCCACUGUACAAGACUCAUGGACAAAGCUGCAUUUGUCCAGGAAGGGGAUCCAGCACAUUCUUUUGCAGUCUAGCUUUCAUGGAAUGAGACAAGAUUUGAGGACUCAUAGUCUUUGCAUAGUUUAGGCUUGUUCAGAUGGUCCUAUGUAGCUUCUGCUACCAGAGGGGUAUUUUUUAAUGUUUUUAGAUUCUCUACCUGGUAGGAGGUAUGAAUACAAGUUUUUUAUAUUUUUUACAAUUAGCUGUUUUAUUAUCUGCUCUUAAUUUUUUUUACUUGGUUUAUAAGUUGUGAUACAGUGCUACGUAUUUUGGGCUCCAUGUAACUUGACAACAAUCUGCAUAGCCUAAAACCCAGAGUUGGCCCUUGGUUGUCCUAACACUGUUAAAACAUCCUUAAAAAAUGAGGGGUAGGUUUACAACAGGAACACUGGGACCCACAGCAUACUGUCCUCCACACUCAGAUGAUACAAGAGAUUUUCAUCAAGAAUUUAAAAACUAAAGAUCUGCUGACACAUUUUAUUGGAACCUGAGGUUUAGGGGGCAGAGUGAAGUGUAAAUAAUUUUCUGGAUUGUACCAAGAUCUCUGCUGCAUCCACUCAAUAGGUACUGCCAGUUUUCUCAUCAAGGAAAGUGAAUCUUUUGAGUCAUAUGUAAGACAAAGCAGACAGAAAAUGUGAAAUCCUGUGAGGGCAGAAUUUGUUUGAAAAAAUAGUUCAAAUUAUUCUUUUGUUAAGAGAAGGACUACUAGUCAAUACCCUGAAAUGCUCCACACUUGGUUCCCUCUGAUCCAGAUGUGCCUCCCAGUGUUCAAGCUUAGAUAAUAGAGUUACCCUUAUUUAAUAUAAUCUACACAAUUAAAACAAACCAUGGCUAAUUGUCACCCUUAUGGGAUCCAUCUCCAUUGUAUUUCCAGAAUUCUGAAGGUUUUUGUUUUUCUUUUUCCUUUCCUUGUAUCCUCCCCACCCUACCACCAACUUCUUUAUAUCUGAUAUAUCACAGCCAAUUUUUCUGGACCCAAAUCUGGCAUUUUGAUGCUUAACAUAUCUUGCUUCCACAAUUACAACAGUUAGCCCUUUCUUAUGCUACCCUUACCCACAGUACAGCAGAGCCCUAGCUACAGCCUCCGGGGGUCUGUUGGCUAACUCGGUAUUUCACACACCCAGGACACAUGCAGAGUUCUUCAUAAUGUGAACUUCCUAAUUGUUCAGUUCCAGAAGCAUUUCCUGCAGUUUGAACGUGACUUUGCCUUUCAGAUUUUCAACUUGAAGCUUUAGUUUGCACUGAAUUAUCUCAUCUGGUUUUAAUAUGUCUCAAAUGGACUGAUUUGGAAGCAAAAUGUGGUAUAGUUUAAAUAUUGAUGCAGGUACUUUCUGUAAACCUGAAACAUUAGAUAUUCGACAAAGACUUUCCAGAAAAAGACAGCAACAGAAAGAAAGUUUUCUUCUCAGUUCCUAUUUUUAUUGUUUUGAAAUGCAGUUUUUAAGACUUGUCUAUUAUGGCAAAGUAGCUAUGUGUUCAAUUAAUUUAUAUUUUAUUCAUUCUUUUUCAAUUCUGGAUAUGUAACCUCAAGUACUUUAUCUGUUCUUUUAAGGUAUUUUAUAAAAUGAAUGUUAACAAAU